AUGGCACCACAACCUCUACGACCCGCGAGCGCGCAGGAUGCCGCCGACAGCAGCAAGAUUCUGCCUAUGGAUGCGGAUGAUGCAGCAGACGCAGACGAAGUCUUCGCACGCGACCAGAUGCGCCAAAAGCAGGAGGGAAAGGCACAAAGUCUUGUCGCGAAAAACCGCCGAAAGCGCUAUCUAGAAGUUCACCCCGAAUACUUCGACGACUCCUCCCUCGAACUUGUCGACCCAUUGCUCUACGACCGACUCAUUCGCCGCUUCCAAACUGCCAGAGAACGCGAGGCAGAAGGACAGCGUAAGGGCUUUUCAGGCCAGAUGUCGACCGACUUGUGGCGCGCCGAAGCCAAGAAAGACGCCCUCGCUCACACCGAUCCGAAGUCGCUCUUCGUAUACACUCGAGGGCCACAAGGUCAGAUUAUGGAAGAGGACAAGGACGAUGUGCCGAUGACAAAAGAAGAGGGCAAGACCUGGUGGAUGGAUGAGAUGACACAGCGCUUCUUGAGCGGCGCGGACGACGACUUCGAUUACAAGACUGUAGACGCGAACGACAAGUAUGAUGAUGAGAAGGAGCGAGACAUUCAGGAUGCAUAUUUCGACAGCAUGGAAUCUGACUUUGAUUCGGACGGCGAAGGGAAAGAGAAGGUCCUGACGGGCGAAACUGGCAUACAAGACUACUGA